CGAAACGUAUAAUCCCAGUCAGGGUCUUAGUCGAGUUAACGUGACAUCAACAACCACGUGUUGCGAGUGUCACGUGUCACUACCUCGUUCAUUGAAUGGUCUGACUGAUCGAGUUAGUGACGGGUGAUAUUUUAACACGUUCGAGUUUCUUCUCUCCCGCCCUUUACUACCCAAUAAUGACCAAUGUUGCCCAAGACGAGACAGUAAAAUGGUUGUUUUAAUGCCUGAAAGGUGAAAUGAAUUAAAGAAAAUCAUGUGUUUUACGUGACAUUUGCUUUAAACUUCGUACUCUGUAUGUGAUUAGAUAAAAACGGAUUAAAAUAGCUUCAUUUUGUUAGCAAUUUCAUCGUUCUCCACAUUAAUUACGCGCUUAUUCAAUCCUAAGAAUUUCCAUCAACGCCCUACUUAUGGAUAUAAAAUCAAUUGUGAUUUUCCUAUCAAUUGUUUUUUCAGGAAUUUCUGAGAAAAUUGAUGGUAUACCAAAAGAUGGUCUAUCAACCCGACGUUUCGAAAAAUUAUACGGAAAAGCUCGAAGCAUCAAUUUUUUUAAAACGAAAAUUUCCAAAAGUUAUCAAAAAUGGGACAAAGAAGCGACAGAAACUAUAAAAAUCUUAAAGGAAGUAGAAAAUUCCUUAAAAAGUUAUUCGAAAGCAACAAAUAUUGGGCAGAUAGUUGGAGAAGUGAGUACAAUUCUUGGAACCUUCGCUUCGCUUUGUGGAAUCUUUAUUUUAAAGGAUGAAAUGAUGGCUGAAACUUUCAAACGUAUAGGAAGAGGCUUCACAAUAGCGGGAACUGUAACUGUUAAAGGUUCUACUAUCCUUAGUAAAGUAUUGGCAAAGAAAGGCUGCAAUUCAGGCAAAAGACCCAUGGAUGCAUUAAUGACACUUACACAAGAACUAGAAGAUGGAAGAAAGGAAUAUUUCAGACUUGUGAAAGAAUUUGAAGCGAUAUUGGAUGGGCUAAACGAAAAUGAACUGAAGAUCCUUCAAAAUUAUUUAGAAGAAAAUCAGCUCGGAAAUGUGAUGAACGACGUUGAUUUAGAUCCUUCCGUUAUAAACAAUAUUCCUCCAAUUAUAAGAGAAAUGGAUCGCUUGAAGAUAAGAGAAGAUAUACUUAAUAUAGAAAUUUUCGAAUUUAAUUUGAUACCGAAAAUUUCGGAAGAAAUAAAGAACGAUCCGAUAAUGAAAGAGAUUUUGUCCAUGAGAAGUGAAUAUGUACCAUUUGCAAAUGGCGAAAACGCAUUCCUGUCUCUUCAAGCUGUUUCCAGCUUAAAAUCCAUGAUGAAUGUUGUUGAUUUAAUACCAAUUGAUAACAAAAUACACAAAUUUAACAAUUCGCCGUUUAUAGAUGGUGUGUCUAAUAUAUUUUUGCUGGUUGAAAAGAUAAUAAAUCUGACUGUACUUAUGUCCAGUGGAAAUGAGGUUAGUGCUCAGUGUGAAGAAAUUGGGCGUGUUGCGAACGAACUGAAACAAUAUACAUCAGAUAUGAGGGAUAUUCUAAGUGACACUUUAAAAUGGGAAUACGGUGAAGAUAAUUUAAUUUCUAUCGACGACGCAAAUUAUAUUAAGAUCGGUUAAAUAUGACACGUUUUAAUACAUUUUCAUAUCUAGUCAAAAACAUAUGUAGCAGAACUUUGGGGACUUAUAACCAUAGAUUCUGUGUAAUUUAAAUUGUAAACUGUAUUCGGUACUUGUUAGAUAUUAAUGCCAUAUUAUUGAAUAUUAUAGAGUAUAUUCGUGAAUUUGUAUGAUAUGUUUCAUUCGAUAUAACCCAUUAACAAUUGCCAAUAAUCGUUGUUAUAAUAAUAUAAAUAAUUACAAAACUUCCAUUAAAAAUUUUUUAAGUCAUUCAUGAAAAUCUAUGGGGAUUUCAUCUGUAAUUUCUUGGUUUCCCGAAGUGGUAUCAUCCCUUCUCGGUAGAUCGCCCAUCUGUCGUGUUGAAUAUCAUUGAGAACGUACAGAACCAAUGUUUCCAAUGACGAAUUUUUUCUUUAUC